CACACCUUUCUCAAAUAUACAUUCCUCUGCAGACAGAUUAAAGCAGCUUGCACUGUGGUUUAAAGAGGAGUGACACUUGAGCAGUGUAGUAAGAUGCAAACUGCCUCGCAGUUUUUCGUAGCAAGGGAAUUUCUUGCCUCAUGCGGAUCCCUGACCAGCCUAUUUUUUAACCACUGCAUCAGGGGAUCCAGUCCAGCAUUCAAGGCUUGUUUUAAGUUGCCUGCGACUCUUACUUGGACACAGGCAGCUAAAGCAAGUCUGGGAUGCAGAGACACACCUACAGAGCCCAGCCCUGAGGAUCUGCUGCCAUGUGAAGAAUGGAAAUCCAUCUCAAAGUCGAAGACGAAUGGAUAUGAAAAUAUUCUAAUCGCUAAGGAAUUCUGCAUUCUCCUCAGGAAAUAUAUUCUCCCCCCAAAAAUAUUUUAGCACAUAUGUUACUGCUAAAUUUCAUAAAUUAAAGGCCUCUAUAGUUUGAUGAAAUCUGAUUGGUAAUGUUAACAGGGUCUUAAACGUGCAUGCUGUAUAAUGUAGAUAAAUAAAACAUUGAAAUAUAUAGCCUACAGUAUACCCUUUCUCCUAUUCUGAGUGUGUUUGCAUUUGUACUUUUCUGAGCUCAGUCGGGUGACACAUAAUAGAACAAACACUACAAUAGAUUAUGAAUUAGCAGACCGUUUACCUUUAGUUCAGUCAACAGAGGCCAAACAUGCUUUUGAAAGGAUAAAGUGAAGGGUUUCUGUAGGAUACAUGUAACGUGACUUUAAUUUCAAUGUCAUAUUUGUAGUUUUAAAUAAUUAAAUGUAUUCAUCAUAGAGUUUUUCAUUUAAAAUGAUUUAUUUGUUAUAUUUUACCUUUUUAAAACACUUUUCCAACAAAAAGCUUUAACAAUCCUUUGCACAAAUGCAGGUGAAUUGGAUUUUAGAUUUGUGCAAUAGCCCUGAAGAGCCUGUUUCUCUUCAUUUCAUGACACACAGUAUAAUAUAUUACAUUUUUGACAAGACAAACUGAAUGCAAAACCACAGAAGAUCCCAGAGAUGCACGUGUCAAUGUGAAAGUGUUUCAUUAUUUUCUUUUCUGUACGUUUUUAAAUGAUUCUGUGGGUUUUUCCUCUGAAUAUCUGAAGAGAAAGAGGUAUAAUACGCAAAGAAAUAUUGCAGAAUCAAACCACUGGAUGUUCCAUUAUGAACACAUCUUAAAACAUAUUCCACCUGUUUCAUUGAUGAUGAUUACCACCUUCAUAAAUUAUAUCAAUUUCCUCUCACCAUUUAUAGGUGUUGCUUUUAAAUGCCUAAAAGGUGCUUCAGAGCUUAAUAGACAUACAACGAUCAGCAGAUGUGUGUUGAUCCUAUGGGAAAUGUAUGCAAAUUAUUCAAAUGAAUUUAUUCACAGUGUUUCAAUAGCUUCAGGUUAUCUGUCCUUAAGCUCAAUGUUUGAUUUAUGUAUUGUAAUCUUAAGGAUUUUACUUACCUUUAUAAAAGGGUCCAAACAAGAAAUUGGCCACUGUUCCUUAUUUUGCUGCAGUUCAGGGCAGCAUAGGGCAGGGCAUCAAAGCCCAUAAAGCUUCACACAGUCCACUGCCUCUGAAAAACACAAGAAUUGGAAAAAUAUGAGCGUAAAUGAUAACGUCAGUGAGCAUCAGAAGACAUGGUUUUAAAGUUACAACCUCAUUACCCUCAGAUUGAGGCUGUAUAACCUUAAACCCACAAACAGAAGGUCAGGGGGGGAUGAAUGUUCUUGCUUUCCCGUGUUCACUGGAGCGUGCUUUUUAAGGUAAAUAUUCUUUCCCCAACAUGAAAUAGGUCUUUGUUGUUUGCCAAGAGGUAAAGAGGCGGAAAAGUGAGGAGGAUCUGAACUGGUUUCCAUGUCAAACACUUCAAUUCACCAUAGAAACUCAGAUCUUAACGCUGGAAACUUUAUUAAACUGUGAUGGUGGAUUGAUAAGGGCCCAAUUUCUAUCGGCCUCUUUUUAUUGUGGGCACCAGGCGGGCUGACAGAGGUAAAUUGCUCUUUUAAUUAAAGCAAUGCACCAGGGGAAAUUGCUGUCUGAAUAUUGUCUCAGAGAUGGGGGCCAGUGACAGUUGCCUGGAAACUUCAAUCUGUCCACCCGCAUUUAUUCCAGAUCUCAGCUAUGAGAUAAAGUUUAAUAAAAAUCUUUUCCUCCGCCACCAACGAAAUGAAAUCCAACCCAUUCUGAACAACAGAACACAAUGAGACCGGACUGCGGAGGAAACCUCAUGUUCAACAUGUAUCUCUCAGAUCCAACAGAAAAUCUGUUGAAGGAAAGCAAAGGAACAUCCUGGGGUCCAAUAAACACAGGAGUACAGAAAGGCAGCGGGCAGAUCCAGCUGUGGCAGUUCCUGUUGGAGCUCCUCUCGGACAGCACCAACAUGUCGUGCAUCGCCUGGGAGGGCACCAACGGAGAAUUCAAGCUCAUCGACCCGGACGAGGUGGCUCGGCGCUGGGGGGAGCGCAAGAGCAAACCCAACAUGAACUACGACAAGCUGAGCAGGGCGCUGCGCUACUACUAUGACAAGAACAUCAUGACCAAAGUGCACGGAAAGCGCUACGCCUACAAGUUCGAUUUCCACGGCUUGGCGCAGGUGUGCCAGCCGUCCACAACGGAGCAGGCCAUCUACAAGUUUCAAGGGAACUUCUCCCCGAUGUCCUUCGCCGGGAUCUCCAAACUGAACCUCGUGGCUCCCGGCGUGGGGCCCUCAGGUUUCUCCUACUGGGCCGGAUCCCCGCCUUCAGCUCUGUACCACAGCCACAACCUCCAGCCUCCGGGGGCCUUUGGCACGGUGUCUCCAUCCCACAUCAGCUGCGUCAACAACAUCAACAGCCUGGCCAACAUCAAUAACCAUUACAACUGACUCCUAAUGAAUCUUUUAGACAACCUGAUUAUGUAUAGACACCGCUGGUAAUACAGCAAGGAACGAAGACAGGCACAAAGGUUUUGGUAAUUUGCAAAUAUUGGAUUAAUUUGGAUUGUCUCAGCAGCAUGCUGCAUUCACACGUGUACUUAUAUAAUUGCAGCAUGUAAAUGCUGCUGCAACAACGGUUUUAUGUAAGAACGUUUAAAAACGCGUACAUAAAAAAAAUAAAACGUAUUGGUUCUACUGUAAAAUCAAGACUUUACUUUUUUCCAGUAGCAAUUCAAAUGAUUAAAAAUAUCAAGGACCACCAAUGAAAUUACGCACAGUGGUUUGAAACUUUUAAGCGCUGUGUUUUAGGACAAUAAUUACAUCUUAAGCCAUAAACUCCCCCUUUAUGAUUUCCCAAUUUCCCUCACAAUGAACAAACGCUUUCAUAUACUUAUAUUGGAAAGCGUUUUUCGAAAUGAACUAAAGAUUGAGCAUUAACAAAAAAAAAAAAAAGUGCUUGAUUUAAUAUUUAUGUUUAUUACCGAUCAGUUCUUGCCUGUUCCUUUGCUGUCUCUCAUCCUUGCUUCGUGGGUCAUGUGGUUGUUUUUACAUAAAGGUAAGUGUUUUUACAUACAUUUGGCAGCAAAUCACUUCUUAUUAUUGUCUCUCGGCGCCAUCUUGUGGCUUUAGAAUGACCAAAUGCCUGUCUUUUAGUAAAUAUCACCUCUGUAAAAUAUUUCACUUGGAUCUGUUAAGAAAUCAGAUUACACAUAGCCAUGUUAGAAAAUUAAACGUAUCCCACUUGCAAUAACACAUAAAUACAGUGUAGAGGUAUAGGGUUGAAUUUAGUCUGAAGUAGUCUCAGCCGUGAAUAGUAACAGAAACUGUGAAUUCAUGAACCUCUCAUACUGUUUGUAGAGACAAGCUCAGGCUGUUUACUGCUUAGUGAUUCUGGAAUGAAUUGCAUUUCAUUCAUUCACGCAGCUUCCAAAGUGAAGUAGCUGUACGAAUAACUAAUGAAGUAGAUAAAAACAGUCUGUUGUAAAUAAAUCUAUUUGUCAAUAUGUUGGAA